GAGGCACUGGGGAGGAGGAAGCGGCCGCCGAGAUCUGAAUAAUUGAUUCUGCAGCCGCACCAGACCCGGGAGCGGGCGGGGAGCGUGGUUCCAGCACCACGGACAGCGGCGCGCGCCACCGCAGCGCCCCAGUCACCGUUCAGACACCUAUCUCGGCCUUGUUCGUCGCCCUGCGCUCCGGGAGCCGGUGGCCGCGCUCCGCGCCGCCGCCUGGGGACUGCGGGGUCUGCCUCAGCCCGCCUCGGGGAGGGCGGCUGCGGGCGGAAGACGCUUUCGCCCGCCGGAGCUCCAAGCGUCUUUGGCUUGCGUGGGGGCUGCUGCGUCUUGCUGGCUAAGAACAAGUCCCUAAGUUGGCUUGGUGGGCGCCUUGCCUUCCUCUUCUUCGGAGGCGACCGCGACAGAAGCACGCCCCAGGAACCUUUGCCAGUGCCGUGAGCCAGGGCAGCCAGGCGCUCUCUGGACUCCCGCCGGGAAGUGGGGAACCGAACGCUCAGCGCGGAGCUGGCCCCACAGCCAAGGGCCCCGAGGGAGCUGCCUUCUCGCCCGCGCCUCUCUCUGCCGGGGACGGCGGGGAUCCCCGGCUACACGCGCGCGCGCGCUCCCACACUCACACUCACACACACGCACACUCGCCCUCACACACACCAGUCUGAAGCGGGGCUGCGGAGAGGGCUCCCGGGCGCGCUCAGAGGACGGGGCAGCUGCCAUCCAGAGUGGGGCAGGAGGCUGAGCUAGGGUUGCCGGAGCGAGAGUCGGAGAGCUUGGCCGGAGCAUGGGGCCGGGUGAGCGCUGAGAGUCACGGCCGCAGCCAUCAGCCCUGGAGAUGACCAGGAGCGGCCACCGCUGAGAACUAUGUGGAGGGAGGCUGCGAGCCCUGCUGCAGAGCCUCCGGCUGGGAUAGCCGCCCCCCGUGGGGGCGAUGCGGACAGCGCGGGACAGCCAGGGGAGCGCGCGGGGGCCGCAGCAUGCGGGAACCCGCUAAACCCGGUGGCUGCUGAGGCGGCCGAGAUGCUCGUGCGCGCAGAGCGCCCCACUGCAUCCUCGACCUUCUCCGGCUACAGGGACCGUAAGCGGCGACUAUGGGAAGACUGGGCUAUUGGACCUUGCUGGUGCUGCCGGCCCUACUGGUCUGGCGCGGUCCGGCGCGGUGCGCGGCGGCGGAAAAGGGUCCCCCUGCGCUGAACAUUGCUGUGCUGCUGGGUCACAGUCACGACGUGACGGAGCGCGAACUUCGAAACUUGUGGGGACCGGAGCAGGCAGCGGGGCUGCCCCUGGACGUGAACGUGGUAGCGCUGCUCAUGAACCGCACUGACCCCAAGAGCCUCAUCACGCACGUGUGCGACCUCAUGUCUGGGGCGCGCAUCCACGGCUUGGUGUUUGGGGACGACACUGACCAGGAGGCUGUGGCUCAGAUGCUGGAUUUUAUCUCCUCGCAGACUUUCAUCCCCAUCUUGGGCAUCCACGGGGGCGCCUCAAUGAUCAUGGCUGAUAAGGAUCCAACAUCUACCUUCUUCCAGUUUGGAGCAUCCAUCCAGCAACAAGCCACAGUCAUGCUGAAGAUUAUGCAGGAUUAUGACUGGCAUGUCUUCUCCCUGGUGACCACCAUCUUUCCUGGCUACAGGGACUUCAUCAGCUUCAUCAAGACGACAGUGGACAACAGCUUUGUGGGCUGGGACAUGCAGAACGUGAUCACACUAGACACCUCCUUUGAGGAUGCAAAGACGCAAGUCCAGCUGAAGAAGAUCCACUCUUCUGUCAUCUUGCUUUACUGCUCCAAAGAUGAGGCUGUCCUCAUUCUGAGUGAGGCUCGCUCCCUUGGUCUCACUGGGUAUGAUUUCUUCUGGAUUGUCCCCAGCUUGGUCUCUGGCAACACGGAGCUUAUCCCCAAAGAGUUUCCAUCAGGCCUCAUUUCAGUCUCCUACGAUGACUGGGACUACAGCUUGGAGGCGAGAGUGCGGGAUGGCCUUGGCAUCCUAACAACUGCCGCAUCUUCCAUGUUGGAGAAGUACUCCUACAUCCCCGAGGCCAAGGCCAGCUGCUAUGGGCAGGCGGAGAAGCCAGAGGCCCCCCUUCACACUUUGCACCAAUUUAUGGUCAAUGUGACCUGGGAUGGCAAAGACUUGUCCUUUACUGAGGAAGGCUAUCAGGUGCAUCCCAGGCUGGUGGUGAUCGUGCUGAACAAAGACCGAGAAUGGGAAAAGGUGGGCAAGUGGGAGAACCAGACCCUGAGCCUGAGGCAUGCUGUGUGGCCAAGGUACAAGUCCUUCUCUGACUGUGAGCCAGAUGACAACCAUCUCAGCAUUGUCACCUUGGAGGAAGCCCCUUUUGUCAUCGUGGAGGACAUAGACCCGUUGACUGAGACCUGUGUGAGGAACACCGUGCCCUGUCGGAAGUUUGUCAAGAUCAACAAUUCCACCAACGAGGGGAUGAAUGUUAAAAAGUGCUGCAAAGGCUUCUGCAUCGACAUCCUGAAGAAGCUCUCAAGAACAGUGAAGUUCACCUAUGACCUUUACCUGGUGACCAAUGGGAAGCACGGCAAAAAGGUUAACAACGUGUGGAAUGGAAUGAUUGGUGAAGUGGUCUAUCAGCGGGCUGUGAUGGCUGUCGGCUCACUCACUAUCAACGAGGAGCGCUCUGAAGUAGUGGACUUCUCCGUGCCCUUUGUGGAGACAGGAAUCAGCGUCAUGGUUUCAAGAAGCAAUGGCACUGUCUCACCUUCUGCUUUUCUAGAACCGUUCAGCGCCUCUGUCUGGGUGAUGAUGUUUGUAAUGCUGCUCAUUGUCUCUGCCAUAGCUGUUUUUGUCUUUGAAUACUUCAGUCCUGUUGGAUACAACAGAAACUUAGCCAAAGGGAAAGCACCGCACGGGCCUUCUUUCACAAUCGGGAAAGCUAUAUGGCUCCUCUGGGGCCUGGUGUUCAACAACUCCGUGCCUGUCCAGAACCCCAAAGGCACAACCAGCAAGAUCAUGGUGUCGGUGUGGGCCUUCUUCGCUGUCAUUUUCCUGGCCAGCUACACAGCCAACCUGGCUGCUUUUAUGAUCCAGGAGGAGUUUGUGGACCAAGUGACCGGCCUCAGUGACAAGAAGUUUCAGAGACCUCAUGACUAUUCCCCGCCUUUUCGCUUUGGGACGGUACCUAAUGGAAGCACAGAGAGGAACAUUCGGAAUAACUACCCCUACAUGCAUCAGUACAUGACCAAAUUUAAUCAGAAGGGAGUGGAGGAUGCAUUGGUCAGCUUGAAAACAGGGAAGUUGGACGCUUUCAUCUAUGAUGCAGCAGUCUUGAAUUACAAGGCCGGGAGGGAUGAAGGCUGCAAGCUGGUGACCAUUGGGAGUGGGUACAUCUUUGCCACCACUGGCUAUGGAAUCGCCCUGCAAAAGGGCUCACCUUGGAAGAGGCAGAUUGACCUGGCUCUGCUCCAGUUUGUGGGUGAUGGUGAGAUGGAGGAGCUGGAGACAUUGUGGCUUACAGGCAUCUGUCACAACGAGAAGAAUGAGGUGAUGAGCAGCCAGCUGGACAUCGACAACAUGGCGGGUGUGUUCUACAUGCUGGCAGCAGCCAUGGCCCUCAGCCUCAUCACCUUCAUCUGGGAGCACCUCUUCUACUGGAAGCUGCGCUUCUGUUUCACGGGCGUGUGCUCCGACCGGCCUGGGCUGCUCUUCUCCAUCAGCAGGGGCAUCUACAGCUGCAUUCAUGGAGUACACAUUGAAGAAAAGAAGAAGUCUCCAGACUUCAACCUGACUGGGUCCCAGAGCAACAUGCUAAAGCUCCUCCGGUCAGCCAAAAACAUUUCCAACAUGUCCAACAUGAACUCCUCGAGAAUGGAAUCCCCCAAAAGAACGGCUGACUUUAUCCAAAGAGGCUCCCUCAUCAUGGAUAUGGUUUCAGACAAGGGAAACUUGAUAUAUGCAGACAACAGGUCUUUCCAGGGGAAGGACAGCAUUUUUGGAGAUAAUAUGAAUGAACUUCAAACAUUUGUGGCCAACAGGCACAAGGAUAACCUCAAUAACUAUGUGUUCCAGGGACAGCAUCCUCUUACACUCAAUGAGUCCAACCCCAACACAGUGCAGGUGGCUGUGAGCACGGAAUCCAAAGGGAACUCUAGACCCCGGCAGCUCUGGAAGAAAUCCAUGGAGUCUCUACGCCAAGAUUCUCUGAGCCAGAAUCCAGUCUCCCAGAGGGAGGAGGCAACAGUGGAGAACAGGACCCACUCCCUAAAGAGCACCAGGUACCUUCCAGAAGAAGUAGCCCAUUCUGAUAUUUCAGAAACUUCAAGUCGGGCCACAUGCCACAGGGAACCCGACAACAAUAAGAACCAUAAAACCAAGGACAACUUCAAAAGGUCAAUGGCCUCCAAGUACCCCAAGGACUGCAGUGAGGUUGAACGUACCUACCUGAAAACCAAAGCCAGCUCUCCCAGGGACAAGAUCUACACCAUCGAUGGUGAGAAGGAGCCUAGUUUCCACUUAGAUCCUCCCCAGUUUGCUGAAAACAUAUCCCUACAAGAGAACGUGGGCUUCCCAGAUCCCUACCAGGAUCAUAGUGAGAACUUCCGCAAAGGGGACUCCACACUGCCUAUAAACAGGAACCCUCUGCACAAUGAAGAAGGGCCUCCCAACAAUGACCAGUACAAGCUGUAUGCCAAGCACUUCACCUUGAAAGACAAGGGUUCCCCUCACAGUGAAGGUAGUGACCGUUACAGGCAGAACUCCACGCACUGCCGAAGCUGCCUUUCCAACCUGCCCACCUACUCUGGCCACUUCACCAUGAGGUCCCCCUUCAAGUGUGAUGCCUGCCUGCGGAUGGGGAAUCUCUACGACAUUGAUGAAGACCAGAUGCUGCAGGAGACUGGGAACCCAGCCGGCCAGGAGGGCGUCUACCAGCAAGACUGGGCACAGAACAAUGCACUUCAGUUGCAGAAGAACAAGCUGAGGAUUAGCCGUCAGCAUUCCUACGAUAACAUCCUUGACAAACCCAGGGAGAUUGACCUCAGCAAGCCUUCCCGGAGCAUAAGCCUCAAGGACAGGGAGAGGCUCUUGGAGGGCAAUUUAUAUGGGAGCCUGUUUAGUGUCCCCGCAAGCAAACUCUCGGGGAACAAAAGCUCCCUUUUCCCCCAAGGUCUGGAGGACAGCAAGAGGAGCAAGUCUCUCUUGCCAGACCACACUUCUGAUAACCCUUUCCUUCACUCCUACAGGGAUGAUCAACGCUUAGUUAUUGGGAGAUGCCCCUCCGACCCUUAUAAACACUCCUUGCCAUCACAGGCAGUGAAUGACAGCUACCUUCGAUCAUCCUUGAGGUCAACAGCAUCAUACUGUUCUAGGGACAGUCGGGGCCACAGUGACGUGUAUAUUUCAGAGCAUGUUAUGCCUUAUGCUGCAAAUAAGAAUAAUAUGUACUCUACCCCCAGGGUUUUAAAUUCCUGCAGCAAUAGACGUGUGUACAAGAAAAUGCCUAGUAUCGAAUCUGAUGUUUAAAAUCUUCCAUUAAUGUUUUAUCUAUAGGGAAACAUAUGUAAUAGCCAACGUUCUGGAGGGUAAAUGUUGGAUGUCCAAUAGUGCCCUGCUAGGAGGAAGAGGAUUUAGGGAGGUAUUUUUUUUGUUGGCUCUUUUGCACAUGGCUCCAUGCCAUAAUCUUCCACUCAAGGAGUCUUACGACAUUUGUGCUGAGUAUGACAGAUACCAGAUAGGUGAGUCCUUAACCAAAAACAAAUACAUAAAUAAGGGCAAAUCUCCGGGACAUGCCUACUAGGUAUGUUGGCAAUAAUGAUGCACUAGAUGCUGAUGGUGAUGUUAUGAUUUCCUAUAUUCCAAAUUCCAUUAAGAUCAGUCCACCAUAUAAUUUCUUCAUCAGAAAUGCCUGAUGGUUUCUCUAAUACAGAAUAAGCAAUAUGGUAUGCAUGUAAAUCUGACACAGACAAUAAAACAGUUAAGAAUGCAUCUGCACUGUAGUGAGAUUGACAUGUGCAAGAGAUUAGGAAGUUUGGCUUGUAACCGUUCUCAGCUUUAUUGUUAUGCCUUCCAUUCACAGCCCAGGCCCAACCCCGAGACAUCAGGCUCCCCCAAAGAAUAGCAAAUCAGUGUGUUCGUGGUACCUGUGUUACCUUCAUUCCAGUCCAUUCCCAAAACACAUCUGGAACAAAAAGCCAGACAUACUCUCAGGCAGAGAGCUACAGGAAUCUCUUUGGAUGUUGAUGUGUGUGUUUCUCUCACGUUUGGCUUUGAUGGUCUCGCUCAGAGCUGCAUAAACUGACACAUUUCUGUCUUCGCUGUCUAAGUGUGGAUCUUCUGUCUAUGGCACAGUGGCCAUUGUAGUUUAUCCUGAAGACUCCUCUGUACGUAAGUUUGCAUUUUCUCCCUUCUGGUGAUGACUCAGGGUUGUAUAGUAUCUGUUACCUCGUCCUUCCCAGAGUACCCAUAACUUGUUCAGCCCCUGAACAGCCAUGAUGGCAUCUAAUUAGCUGUGUAUUGCUGUCCCCAGAGUUGUUAAUGUGGUGACAUGUGCCAACAGCCAUAUGUGUCCUGUGAUCUGUAAGAAGUACCAUGCCAUCUGUCUGCCCAAGGCUUACACGGCUCUUUAGGUUUAUCUUCCUUAAUGUCAUGAAACUCUCUUGGACACUCAUUGUCACCCAACCUCCUCAUAUCAAAGGCCUUCAAACCAUGAAACACUCAUGCAUCUACCCUGAGCACCCUCCAAACUAUGAAGCUUAGCGAGACAAGUGAUUUCUCUCUUCUGAAAUAUUCUUUCUAUUGGAAGAAAACUAUUUCACCAGCACCAACCAAUGUAUGAAUAAUUCUCAAUGCAUUUAUCAUUUCUGAACCACUUGCACCAUCCUAUUCUUAUUUUACUCAAAUCUGUGCAUAUAUGGUAUGAAUGACAGUCAUUAUUUAAAAUGGUUGGUGAAAGAGGGGGAAGAUUUAGGAAAGCUAAGCUUCUUAGCAUAGCACCUCCCUGUAACAAAGUGUCCAGGGGAAAAGGUAGUUGUUAUGUUAUGAAGCUUUUUCAGACCAGGAUUUUCUAGUUUAAAAAUUAAAUACCAUAAAACCAGCAAACAAUACUAAUUAAGCAUUUUAUAUGGUUCUACUCCAUUAAUUGUUAUAGUUUAAAUACAUUAGUAUUCUUGAAAUGAUUAGGCUAACUACCCAUCAAGUUUUGCAGAGAACCUCAUUCUGUUUGGGGACAUACAGUAGAAGCCCUAAGCUCAUGUGAGCAAGCCUGGCCAUUUACCAGUUUUUUCCCUGCAUUUUGUUUUGAGUUCUUGGAGAAAGAGACAAAAUGGCAGGCUGAAAAAUUACCUUGUUUCUUUUCCUCUUGUGUAUUCUGUUUUGUAAGUAGUAUCUUCCUGUAAGUGGGUAAGUGCCGGAGAUGAUUCUCUUGGAGCUCAAGAAUACAUUGAAUGCCUCUGUCUCUGGAAAAGUGCACCCAACCUACAAUAUUUCUAUAUUGACGAAAAGUGGCUGCAAUAAGUUUGAGUGUCCAUGGUGGAACAGCAAAGGGAAGCAUAGGGAGGGAGCAUGUCAAUCAUCCUUGAAAAGCAGAAGUGGCCGAGGUGAUGCUGGCAACCAAUGUACUUAAAAAUUACAUUAUGUCUUUUAUGCUGUCCCUUUGUGGUUCCAAGACCCAGCAGGGGGAAACUGCUGGAUUUAUGAAUCUUGAACAGUCACCCCAAUUUCUGAUCUUAAAUUUAAGUUUUUCUGAUUGUAUAUUCUUUCAGCACUUUCUGCCUUUGCCUUCCCAUUACAUUCAGAUCUGCAUCUACCCUGCUAAGAUCACCUCUCUGUCCUCACAAGACUAGCAUGUCUUAACAUGAAAUAAAUUAAAAAGUCUCCCCAGCAUCCAGAGCAAUGGUAUGUGAUUAGUCCAAAGAGGUUUUCUGUGUUCCUCUGGUGUCCUCAAAAAUAAGAGGGCUACCAAAUGUCACAAAAUCUCUAGGGAGACAGCAAUUACCCUUGGGUUGACUCCUUAUAUCAAAAAGCCUGCUAAUACUUCCGCUAUUAACUCCAUAACUAUCUGGAUAAAGAAUCAAAUUGUGGUUUUCGGAAGAACUAAAAACAAUGUAGCAGGCCGGGGAUAUAGCUCAGUGGCACAAGUAUCUGCCCAGCAAGUGCAAGGUUCUGAGUUCAAUUCCUGGUACCACAGCAACACAAAAAAUGUAGUAGAAAAAAUAUACUUCUUUUAGCACUGUCUGCUAAAGCACUGAUUCUUAAAUGUGAUGAUUUCAAAAAAGAAAAUCAGAGGGUCAUUUUCCAAGUAAAAGAUAAUGAUAUGGAGUUAUUCAAAGAUAACCCAAAUUAGUUAGUUUUUGGAAAAGGAAUAUCCAAAAUAUAACAUUCAUUGGUAAAUGGUAUCUACAGUAAAGAAAGGUAAAGAAAUAAUUAUCAAGCUCUGAAUUAUGGUCCAUUACAGAGGAUUCCUGUGGUAUACCCCUGCUCUGAGACCAUAGAUUUGAUACCAAGAGGCAAGAAUCUCUGAACCCAAAUGCCUGAGUUUUACUUGGCUUAAGUCAGGAUUGCAUCUAUAAUGCUAUUUCACUAAUAAAUGGUUUCCCCACUUGGGAAAGAUCCACCAUCCCAAAAGUGCAGUCCUUAGAUAGGCAUACCUGGAU